AUGGACCCGUCCAAACGUUCUCCCAUGCCCGAGGAACCGAUGAAACUGCUUCGGCUCUCCUCCGUCGUACCCUUCCAGCCUGGGAUGAACAACAACCAUCGCCAGCAGGUGCUUGGGGAUCCCAACAAUGCUUCCCAGUUUGCUUGCGUCUGGAAUGCCAAGGUUGGAAUCCUCACCUGUCCCGUGAUCAUCACCCUUGACAAUGGAGACCCCGUUGUUGUUGGGGAUUUUACCGACACCAUUGGUGAGCCCUUCGCUGUUUCCCUCCCGGUUGAUGAGUUCUUUGGUUUUGUUACCACUUUUGUCCGUGCUGGUGAUGCCGCGCAUUUCCGCUUGGGAGUGCACCCCAUCUCCCCUGACACUGUAGCUGGACCACCGGUUGCUCCUCCUGCUGGAGUCCCUCCUCCUAGGCGCAACCGCCAGGAACUCCCAGUCCCUGUGGAAGCUACCCUUGGGCGCCUCAACUUCCCUGGCCUUCCAGACGAACCUGGCGAUGAUGACCUACCAAGGAUUGCGGCUUUGCCGGUGUUCCAGCCUCUUGAGCCUGGUUUCACGUUUGAUCACCGCUCGGAUCUCCAGAACAACCAUUCGUACCGUGACACUUACCGCCUGUUCCAUGUUUGGAGGGAAGGAAUGCAGUACCUUCGCGCCAUGAACGGGUGGAUGUCCGUCACCACCGGUGGAACGUUGUUCCACCUCCCUGGGUUACAAACCGCUGCCGUAAACCCUAUUGCCCAACUGGCCGUACGGCCCCGGGUCCUUGCUGCUCCUGUGCCUGUCCUUCCUGACAGCCCCCUCUAUGGACCAGCUCGCACUAGGUUUGCUACCUGGUCCACCACUGCCUGGGUCGACAUUGGAUCUACUCUGGAGCCCCUGCCCAACGAGAUUCCUCCUGUUGUUGGAGGUGGUCUAAGUGCCGACCAGAUCAAGGCCGUUGUUGAACCCCUUAUCAAACGAGACAAGGCAUUUGGCUCUGCUGAACGGACUGCUGCCCGUCUCCGAAUCCUUCUUGCAGGAUUGCCCAUUGGUGACACUGAUGACACUGCCGCCAUGGUGCUCCCGGAUCUACGGGAAGAGUUCAGUGCUUACUUAUCCAUGGGAUCCAGUUCCACUGCCGGUGAUGAUCUUCGAGAGUUGGUCAAAGCCCGGUUGGUCCUGUCCAAUGCAAGCGACCGAGCGGUAGACUCCAGCGUCACUUUCCGCCCUGAGAAUAUCACGUUGGCAUUCAGUGACAGGAUCAGGACUUUCUCCUGGCUGUCCGUUCGGCUCCUGUCUGCUUCAUUUACAACAGCCCAAUCGAACCUAUGCCUUAUCCAUUUCUUGACCCCCGAACGCGACGCACUGUCUGUCGUUGCUGACGGUGACCACCAAGCCCGGACGAUUCUCAUGGCCAAUUCGACCUACAGCACUGCGCAGAUUGAAGCCACAAAGAACAGUCAGCUGUACUCCGGGUGUGCUCUGCAGCACUUCCGUCAUGUGUACGAAGCAUUCUGCAAUCUCCGGCUCCUUUUUGCAGUCAUGAUUACUGACUUAACGACGCCCAUUGUUAUUGUCAAGAUGGCGGAAUACGUCAACCUAUUGAUGGACGCUUCUGGGAAAGACCUAUGGGAUGUGUACCGAAACCAUCCGUACCUUGCCAUUCACCCGUGGCAAGAACUCCAAUCAAUCCUUGGGGCUUUCCUUAGGCCCGCAACCAAUGCCACUUUGUACGCAGGAGUGAUUGCAGGAACGGGAGUCCAGUACAGUGAUUUCCGUGGCGCAAUAGCCACUGCUGAUUCCCAUAUCCAUGACCUCCAAGCCAUCCUGAAUGGGAGCGGUUUGGGAAAGUUUGAAGGCACACCUACCUGUGCCUCUUGGUUCAAAUUCAUUGGAACCCAUGCCGGCCGUCCUCCUGCAGCCGCCCGUCCUCCUGCAGCUCCCCCUGCACGAAGUGGUGAUCGUCCUGGUGACACAGCACCUGCUAAGCGCCAGAGGGUGGACGAUCCGGCUGAGAACGAUCGAAAGAAAACCCUUGGUAUACUUACUUUUGACUCCACUGUCGCUGGGACUAGUCGUCUUCCCACUGUUACCGCCCGAGCCAAGAAGCGUGGCUCCAAAACCCCUGAACGGUUGUGCAUGAAGUUCUUGACUCAAGGUUUCUACUGUGCCAAUGGCAACGACUGCAAGAUGCCUCAUAUCGCCAACAUCGAACUCCUUACAGAAACAAUCGGGCUAAGCUCAUAUCGUUUGUCAAGGCCCAGGCUGGACUUGCCUGGGCCCCUGGUAAAAUGCCUGCUGUUGCCCAAGCCUGGUCCCAGAUCUGUGCCCGCUGACGAUGUACCAGACGCUGAUAUUGGAAAUGGCAUGGCCAUUCGACCCGCCCAAGAAUGGUACCCGACUCAAUCCAAAGUGAUUGAUCCUGAGGACAUUACGCUGAAGGAAGUCUUCACGCAGUCCGUCCAGCGACGCUUCCGUGGUCAACUGGCCAAACGACACCCUGCGGUGCUGGCCAAAGUUGCUUGA